ACGCGACUUUGUCAGACAACGAAGAAAGUCGAAGAGAAACGCCACAUCGAUCUCCAAGAUGCAGAAAUAUUUAGUAGUAUUUGCGGCCGUCGUAGCAUUUGUCGCCGCUGAAUCCGUAUUAGUGGAAGACGAAGAAGGAAGACAGUUCUACCUCACUCCCGUGUCGAGCCGCCAAAGAAGACAAGCCGAUGGCCCCAAAGUCUUCGGUCAAGGCGGAGGCAACGGACAAUCCCAAGGCGGAUUCGUCAAACUGCAGAACCCAAAUGGUUCUGGGGGUAGCCUUGGUUACGGACACGCCAACGGUUUCGGCCACGUAGUCAGCGCCGACGCUAGGGUGCCAGUUUGGUCUAACAAGAACAGAUUCGGAGAGUCCACCCUCAACGUCGGGGGCGGAGCUACUCAGAAAUUUGGAGGCUAUGGUGGAAACAUGAAUUUGGACAAGAGAGUUGGACUCAAUUUUAACCAUAGAUGGUAGAAGGUGGAAUUUUUAAAUUAUAUGUAUACUAUGCUAACUUAUUUAUAUAACAAUA